GGUCUUGCGUCUGCGCAUGCGCCGGUGUCGGGGAGGUAAAAUGGCGACGGGUGCCAUUUCCAUGGAAUCGAAAAAAAUAACAGAACUAAGAGUUGUGGAUCUGAAAUCCGAGCUCAAACGGAGGAAUUUGGACACGUCUGGUGUUAAGAGCGUUCUUCUCGCACGAUUAAGACAGGCUCUUGAGGAUGAAAAUGGUGACACAGAAAAUAUUGAAAUCCAGCUUUCAACUGAAGCAUCAAAUCGCAAAAGUGGGAAAGCUAAAGGGAGACGGGUGGAUUCUGAUGCGGACACAACGGGAGAAGAAGAUGCGCUGUCCAAGGAAACUGAAGAAUAUGAAUCUGAAAAGGAUGUAACUGAUACAGAUGAUGGUACUCGUGAAAAGUCUAAGCCUGCACCCUGUGAGGACAGCCUUGCUCAGCCUGAGGCUGAGGCACUGGCUGAGGCUAAACCAGAGUCAGAAGCCGUGGCGGCUGAAGCAGAUUCAGAGCCUGAGCCAGCGAUGGAUGCUGAUCCUGAGGUGGAUGCUGAACCUGAGCCAGAGGAGGAUGCCGAGUCUGAGGCCGACCCAGAGGGCGAUGCCGAGUCUGAUGUUGACCCAGAGGAGGAUGCCGAGUCUGAGGCCGACCCAGAUGAGGGCACCAAUCCCGAGAUUGACGGAGAGGCCGAGCCCGAGCUGGAGACCGAACUGGCUGAGAUGGAUGCUGAAGCCAUGAAUUCCUCUAAAGAAGCAGAGGACGACCACCUAUCCGUCUCAAUCCCAAAUGAUGAUGCCAUCACCCUAGAUGUUGAUGGUGAUGAUCUCCUGGAAACAGGUAAACAUGUGAAACUUCCAGAUCCAGAGGCCGAGAGGGGCAUUGAUGAGCCAAACUCCUCUGCUGAGAGGACCCCAGAUGAUGACAUGAUGCUGGAAGAGACCGAGGGCCACAGAGAUGAUGGGUCCAGGAGCGAUCCCUCGAAGAAAGACGGCAGAGAGGGCCUGAAGAAAGCCGAAAUGGGAGACAAAGAAAAGGAUUCUGGGAAGAAAGGCCCCUCCACUACUGGGGCAUCAGGUCAAGCAAAGAGCUCUUCAAGAGACCGAGAGGGGAAAGCUGGCAAAGAUGAGAAGGGAGUCGUCAGCAGCAGCAACAGCUCUUCUCGUAACAUAUGGGUGAGCGGCCUGUCUUCAAACACCAAAGCAGCUGUCCUCAAGAACCUGUUUGGCAAAUAUGGAAAGGUUUUGAGUGCCAAAGUGGUUACAAAUGCUCGCAGUCCUGGAUCAAAGUGUUACGGCCUGGUGACCAUGUCUUCCAGCACGGAGGUGACGCGGUGCGUCUCCCACCUCGACUGUACAGAGCUCCACGGACAGCAGAUAUUUGUUGAAAGGGCCAAAAAUGAUCCGUUCAAAAAGGAGAGCUCAAAGAAGGAAGCUGAGGACAAAGCAAGUUUCACCAAAUCAUGUGAUAAGCGCAGCUCUACGGGGGUGAAACUGACCAACAAAGCACAGCCAUCUUACAAAAAAGAGGAUAAGAAAUUGGAUAAACUCCCAGAAAAGGACAAAGACUUGUCCAAGAAACAGGAUGCUAGAAGUGGGAAAUCUGAGUCCGUUUCAUCCAACUCUGGGCAAGAUUCUUUCAAGAGAGAUGACCGAAAAUAUGGCCGGAUGAAGAGUCCAGGCAAGAUGGUCGUUCUACAUCAUCCCAAAGCAGACUAUAAUUUUGGCAAAAUGAGACCUUUUAGGAGGGGACGGUAUUUUGAAAAACCGUUCGUCAACAUGAAUAUUCAAAGGAGGCCAAAAUGGUUGAUUCCUCCUGAAGAGUUAGAGAUGAUGAGAUUCAAACCGCGACCUUUUAUGAACAAGGGGGAAGAACAGGACAUCCUCCCCUUUGAAAAGAUGAAGGAGCAACGGAUGCGUGAACGAGUGGCUCGUAUUGAACGCGUUCGAAGAGCCGUGGAGUUGCGCAGACGGCGGGAAAUUGCAGAACAAGAACGCAGGGAGCGGGAGAGCGUCCGGCUAAUAAGGGAGCGGGAAGAACGGGAGAACCUGCUCCGGGAGCGUCAAAGGCUCGAGAUGGAAAGACAGAAACUGGAGAGGGAGCGCUUGGAGAGGGAGAGGCUCGAGAGGGAGAGAAUCCGUAUAGAGCAGGAACGGCGCAAAGAGGCAGAGCGCAUGGCGCGUGAACGCGAGGAGCUGCGAAGGCAGCAAGAGCAGCUCCGUUAUGAGCAAGAAAAGAGAAACAACCUCAAAAGGGGUCGUGAAGCGGAACAUGGCCGGAGAGACGAUUCGUACUGGAAUGGCAACAAGAAGAUGCAGCCUGAGCCCGACGUCCGCUUGAACCAAGGCUCCAACUACAACCGGCAGCAGAACCGCUUUUCAAGCUUCACUCCCCGAGAGAGGGGCCGCUUUCCAGAGACUGCCGCCGAGCAGCCAAACACGUACGACAGGCGUAACCGGUUUGACGGUGAGCCCGAGGCAAAGAAGAGUCGCCCCGCUCCUCACAGAGAGACCUCUGGCUUCGAGCGCUACCCUAAGAGCUUUGAGACGGUCCGCCGGGCUGAGCCGGCUGCUCCUCCACGCGCCGAACUCCGGGACACCGACCGCAGGGACAGAGACGAGCGCCGGCCCGUGCCGAUGCACGAUCGGCCGAUGGGAGCCAGGGCCGCGAUGCACGGCAUGUCGCACAACCGCUCGCCCAGGGACGGGGGCCAUGGAUGGAAGAACGACGGUGGCAUGAAUGCCAACAAGGGAGACAUACGUAACGCUGCGUUGACCAGAGGACCUAUGCGCAUGCGUGCGGAGCGAUCGGGCAGAGAUGGUCCAGGCCCGGUUCUUAGAGGAGGCGCCUCGGCAAACCGCGGCAGGAGCAGCUUUAAUGAUCGGAGCGGAGGGAGGCCCAUGGUGAUGAGUGAUCAGUCCUUCAGCUCUGGGCGGCAGGUCGUGGUGGAGCGUCACAGCAGGGAUCAGGGACUGAGGAAGGAGUGGCACGGUGCAUCGAGCUCCCAGGGUGGGGCCUUCCCUGAUAAUCGCAGAAUGGGAGACAGCCGAGGCAGCAUGAUGGCUCCUGCGAGUCACUCUUCGUCUGGAAUGAACCGCAUUGUACAGAUCAGCAGCAACUCCAUCCCCGGUGGUGGCAACGUGGGUGGAUUCAAGCCCUUCAAAGGAACGCCGCGUCAGUUUUAGCUGCAUCCAAAUUCUGCCACUUUAAAGCACCUGGAAAUGGAAAGACUUUUGGGAACUCUUUAUUUUUAGAAUAUCACCUGUUUUAGGUGGCACAUUUGUAGCCAUGAGGUUGAUAACGCUAUUUUAUCUUGUAUAGAAAGUGUUUACCCUGAUGUAAGUUUUUCCUGGCAGUUCCGUUGUUACUGUUAAACAACCCGGAGUACGUUUUACUUAACAUUUAGGAGAAUAUUGUACAGCCCCAGGUCUUUAACAAGUUUUGAAGUAAUGUUAUGAACUUCUCCUCUGAGUGUUAUAUGUAUAUUUUCAACGGCAUAGUUUCCCUCUCAGUGGUCCUGUGAUGUCUUUGUUUUAGUGUGUUCGAGUGCAUUGAAAUGAUCAUUCACUCAUUUGGAUUUUUUUCUCUGUGAGGAAACGGAUGACAGAGUAUUUUCUUUUUUUUGAGGGGGGGGAAGAAAGUCGUACUUUGUGGAUGUUUUGUAAAAAGUAGAUUUGCUAAAACAAUGUCAAACUGUAGAAAACUCUUACAGGUCAUAGGUCGACUUGCAUACAGGUCCGUGUCCGAAAUAAAAUUUGACUUUCAAAUCAG